AUGCAUUUGUUCGUUUUAUAUUUAUGUUUAUUGAUUUGUGUAACGUAUGUUCAAUGUGAGCCGUCGGAAGCUGCAUCAAAUUGUACGGGUUAUUACAAUUGUAAAAUUCUUUUAUACGAUCAAUUGAUUAAACAAUCACGUUCAUCAUUACGUCCAGUGAAAAAUGAAUUAGAAAAAAUUAAUGUUUCCAUUGAAUUUUCAUUUGUUCGAUUAAUAUCAGUAAAUGAGGAAGAUUCUCUUUUACAAAUUCAUGCAAGAAUCAAUCAGACAUGGAAUGCUUCACUGUUAUCGUGGAAUCCGUUAAAUUAUUUUAAUGUAACCGGUAUACAUGUACCAGCUCAUCUCGUCUGGACGCCAAAAAUAUCUUUAGUUAACCAACAUUCCGCUGUUGAUAAUGAAGAAAAUAAUUUUAUUUUUGUUCAAUCGAUUGGUCGUUUUGAAUUUAAUUAUUUGGCUAUUUUAACGAUACCAUGCGAUUUUGAUUUACAACGUUUUCCAUUUGAUCAACAAAUAUGUUCAUUCAAAUUAGGUUCAUUUGUAUAUGAUUCAUCGGCAGUAUCAAUUACACAAGCAGAUGACUUUAUUCUUGAUGAAAGUAAUUUAACUCCAAGUGAAUAUACAUUUGCUUCACAUAAAGUAGUAAAACAAGAUGUAUGGUAUCCAGGUAGUGGAGCAAUAUAUGAUAUGAUUGUUAUACAAUUAGAUAUAGAUCGACAAUCUAGCUAUUUUAUACAUCUAAUCAAUUGGCCAGGUUUUUUAUUAGCACUAUUAUCUUUAGCCAUAUUUCUAUUACCGGCACAAGCAAAUGAACGAAUUAUAUUCGGAACAUUACUUGUUCUUGGUCAAUUAUUAUUAUUUUCAAUAUUUGCACGUUACAUUCCUAAACGAUUAGCUUCCAACUGGGGAUGGAUGGGACGUACAAUAUUUUAUGAUAUGAUAAUAACAGCAUUAGCUAUUGUUUUUUCUCUUAUUGUUCGAUUUUUAUCUGAUAAACACUAUUGCUAUCAACGACCAUCAUUAAAAACAAGAACGUUUGUAUUUGGAUGGUUAACAAAACUAGUUGGACUUAAACGUUCAUCAUACGCAACUCUAAUUGCAAAUAGAGAAAAUGAGUACGAAUCGAAUGAAUAUAAUAAUAAUAAUAAUAAUAAUAAUAAUACAACAGAUUCUUUAAUGGAACCUUUAAAUCCUAUAUUAACUGUUUCCGAUCAGUCCGACGUAAUAUCGUCAAUUUCAAACGAUCUUAAUACUCGAUCAAUGUCGUCAAUGCUUCAACAUGUUGCAGCAAUUCGUCACAAAUUUAGUCAAUUAGUUAAAGAACGUGAUAUACACAAUGAAUGGCUAUUAUUAGCUCAUAUCAUUAAUCGUGUAUUCUUUUUUGCAUAUUUAUUUUUAUUUUUAUUCAGUAUAAUUCAUCAUUGUUUUUAUCAUUAA